AUGCUCUCGACAAUUCAACGACGGGCUUGCCGCUCCUUCUUGGAAGUCUCGCGGUCGUUCUCGACGACGCCGAGAUGGUCUUACCAGCACGACCCACUCCUCAGCGACGCCCAGAGAUUGCUGGCAGCGUCCCAACCACCACCACCGCCGUCAACGCCCGUGCCGACACCGAGAGUGACGCCAACGACGGCGACUACAACGCCAGCGACGACGCCAGAGUUCUUCGAGGUCCCACCUGAGCGCGACCCGGUUCUGCAUUUCCUGACCACGAGCGUCAUGGACCACGGCCGCUACGCACGCGCUCAAAAGGUCAUUUCGGAAAUGUUGCUGCACAUCCACACCCUCACCCGUUCUCCACCGGUGCCCAUCGUCCACGAGGCCAUCCGUAAAGCGUCCCCGGCUGUGCGCGUCAAAUCCACCAAGGUGGGCGCACGGUCAAUUGUGCGGCCUGUCGCGCUCAGCGAGCGUCAGAGAACGAGCCAUGGUAUUCGCUGGAUUUUGGAGGCCAGCAAGAACAAGCCUGGUAUCAAGUUGCAGCUGAGGUUGGCGAAGGAGAUGAUUUCGGUUAUCAAGGGGGAUAGUGCUGCGUUGAAGAAGAAGGAACAGGUUCACAAAGCUGCUAUGGUUGCUCGUGGAGCUUUGUCUGGACGAUAGAAGCUACCUUGGCUCUUUUCUUACCCGUUGCAAAAGUAAUCUUUGGCCCACACCCUAUAAUAUACAGGCUCGUAAUAUU